AGAAUUCAAUGCAUGCUUUCUUUUUCUUCAGGUGAAUCUCUGUUUUGACCAAUUUGUUUAUAAGCUGGCAGACCAGAUAUUUGCAUAUUAUAAGGUUAUGGCAGGAAGUUUGCUUCUUGAUAAACGGUUACGAUCAGAAUGCAAGAAUCAGGGCGCAACCAUCCAUCUCCCGCCAUCGAACCGCUAUGAGACACUGCUCAAGCAGAGGCAUGUGCAGGUGAGCCAGGCCUCUCCUGGGUGCAGGGAGAUACAGAGCCGGCAGCGGAAAAGUGGGGUUUUUCCUAGAGCUUCUCAGAUUUUAAUGGACGUCAGUAUGUAUGUGGAGCUGGAUGGCCUCUUAGAAAUCAACCGCAUGACCCACAAGCUGCUGAGCAAGUACCUGACUCUGGACAGCUUUGAUGCCAUGUUCCGGGAGGCCAACCACAACGUGUCUGCACCUUACGGGAGAAUCACCCUCCAUGUCUUCUGGGAGCUCAACUAUGACUUCCUGCCCAACUACUGCUACAACGGCUCCACCAACCGAUUUGUUCGUACAGUAUUACCAUUUUCUCAAGAAUUUCAGAGAGAUAAACAGCCAAAUGCACAACCUCAGUAUUUGCAUGGAUCAAAGGCUUUAAACCUGGCCUAUUCGAGCAUCUACGGCAGCUACCGGAACUUCGUGGGACCCCCGCACUUCCAGGUCAUUUGCCGGCUGCUUGGCUACCAGGGCAUUGCAGUGGUCAUGGAAGAGCUGCUGAAGGUGGUCAAGAGCCUGCUGCAAGGCACGAUCCUACAGUAUGUGAAGACGCUGAUGGAGGUGAUGCCCAAGGUCUGCCGGCUGCCGCGACAUGAGUACGGCUCCCCUGGCAUCCUGGAGUUCUUCCACCACCAGCUGAAGGACAUAGUUGAGUAUGCAGAGCUGAAGACGGUGUGCUUCCAGAACCUGCGGGAGGUGGGCAACGCUGUGCUCUUCUGCCUGCUCAUAGAGCAGAGCCUGUCUCUAGAAGAAGUAUGUGACCUGCUGCACGCAGCCCCUUUCCAGAAUAUCUUGCCAAGGGUCCAUGUGAAAGAGGGAGAGAGACUUGAUGCGAAAAUGAAAAGACUAGAAUCAAAGUACGCUCCACUGCACCUUGUCCCUCUGAUCGAAAGACUCGGAACUCCACAGCAAAUUGCGAUAGCAAGAGAGGGGGACCUGCUGACAAAGGAGCGUCUCUGCUGUGGCCUGUCCAUGUUUGAAGUCAUCCUGACUCGGAUCCGGACCUUUCUGGACGACUCCAUCUGGCGCGGGCCUCUGCCCAGCAAUGGGGUCAUGCACGUGGAUGACUGUGUUGAGUUUCACAGAUUGUGGAGUGCCAUGCAGUUUGUCUACUGCAUUCCUGUGGGAACACACGAGUUUACAGUCGAGCAGUGCUUCGGCGACGGGCUCCACUGGGCUGGCUGUAUGAUCAUUGUGCUCCUUGGGCAGCAGCGGCGCUUUGCUGUGCUGGAUUUCUGCUACCAUCUGCUCAAAGUCCAGAAACAUGAUGGCAAAGAUGAGAUUAUCAAAAACGUGCCUUUGAAGAAGAUGGUGGAAAGAAUUCGCAAGUUCCAGAUUCUAAAUGAUGAGAUAAUCACUAUCUUGGACAAGUACUUGAAGUCAGGCGAUGGAGAGAGCACUCCUGUGGAACACGUCCGCUGCUUUCAACCACCUAUCCACCAGUCCCUGGCCAGCAGCUGAGGGAGUGUGUAUCACCUGUUUUUGAAGAGUUCCAGUACUGACUGCAUUUAAGAUCUAGAAGGGCAUGUUUUUCUUUCCAUAAACUAUUUAGUGGGAUUUUUAGGAACUAUUUUUCAGUAUUUCUGUGCCUGUUAAAAUAAGGGGAUGCUUUUCAAUCUAAAAGCUUGAUUUUAUAAAAUUGACUUAUUUUUCUACACUAAAAUUGUAUAUACUUUUGGUAAUUGGAAAAUCUGAGAAUGUUGACUGCAGAUUGUUGCCAUCAUGUUUUUACAGAAUCAUUUUCCAUUUUUCUAUGGAAUGUUCCAACAGCUAGCUAUGUCAUGAAGUGCUGCUGAGUUCAUCCAUUUGUCCUGUUAACAAAGGAUCUGUAACAUUUAAGGAAAGAUUUGUGAAUUUAAGCAAGAAACUUAAUACCAGCUAAUUGUAAUAAAACCCGUUACCAAUUAGAAUUAAUGAUUAGCUUUUGUUGAGGGAUUUUUCUGAUUUUUUUAUGAAAACCUUUUCUAAGUCAUUCCCCUUUCCCUUUUUGUGCGUUUCAGAAAAUAGUGAACUUGAUUUCUCUGUUCCUACUAAAUCCAGCUGUAACAAAAUCUAGUUUGUGACAGGAUUUAAAGGUUGCAGAAAUAAAACUAAUGGAACCUG